GGCAUCGUUGAUGAAGAUGAUGAUAAUGAUAACGAAAAUAAUAGCGAUGACGAAAAUGAUGCAAAUGUUGGUGAUGAUGAUGGAAAUAAUAGUGAUCAUGAAAAUAAUAUAAAUGGCGGUGAUGAUGGAGAUAACGGUCAUGAACAUGAUGGUGAUAAUGCUGCCCCUGGUUUUACGAGCAAUUUGCGGAAAAAUGGGUAG